UCGUUCUAGAAAAGGGGACUAUUUCAUUUUGAAGCGCCAUGAAUCCUCGAAAAUAGGGGGCUAAGUGACCGGUUACCGGCAAAAUGACCGGUUACCUCGACCAAUACCUUAUUUCUGUUGCGAACGCUUUCGAGUUUGUCACCGUUUCCAUAGUAACUGCUGAUCAGUUAUAAUACGUGCUGACAAUAAAAUGAACCAAUCAGAUCUCAGAUCAAUCAGGUGUACCUGGUUCCAAAAAGCGCGGGAAAAAGCGUGGGAGCAAGUCACCAGGCUUUUGGGGCGAGAUUUUAAGCCAAUCAAAACGCGUAGCAAUUGAAGGUAAAGGCAUUGACAUCAGCAAUGACUUAACAAUAACUUAAGUAGUGUGUUUGAAACUAGCAAUACACUGAGAGAGGUAGAUCAAAGAUAGUUUGACAAUUGUGAUAGUCUUAAUUUCUUUUUAAAUUGUCCUCUAGAUAGUAGUGUUUUUAUUUCUUGCGGCAACGACUACCAUAAUCUAUUUCCAGUAAAGCGAACUGAAAAUUGUUGCCAUAAUUUGUGGAGAUCUUGGGAAGAGUAAGACGUAUUCAGUUUUUGCUUUUUCCUUAAUUGCUUGACAUGGUUUCCCCGGCAUUUGGUUUUAGAGGGAAUACCAAGUCCCGGCAAAUUCACUUGUGGAGCCGUGGAAAGCGCUUCAGUAAAGGACUAUGUCCACAAAGAUGGCCAAGCUUACGUGGACCUGAUCAAGACAGCUGCGAGAGGACUGAAGGAAGAACUUCGUGUCGAGCUGAAAGGAAGCGAUAUCGAGGCUCUUUGCCUCACAACCGUAUACCUCAAGUUCGACACGCACGAGUGGGGUUGUUGUGGCUACGUCGACCUGUCGGAUCCCCGAGUCUCGCCCGAACGCCGACUGACGUACGAGCAGAUAGAGUCUAGGUUCACCUCAGGCCCAAAGGACAAGUUCAAGCACGAGGAAGUGGUUGCUGUGGACUUUGAACUUUCGAGGAUGGUCGAGUUCGUUCGGGAGAAUUACGAAGAUUUUGCCAGCUCUACUAAGCUGGUGGUAGUGAAAGUUUUGCAAUCGUUUUUUGGAGUUGCUGCUGUGGAGAGAGCCUUUCGUGUUUACAUGGAAGAUCGAGAGAGCGUUUCCCAAAAUGCUGAUUCGCAAAUUUAA